CUCAGUAUCGCUGGAAGUGAAUACCGCCGAUUUCGAAACGUCAACCAUAGAGGAUGUGCCGUGGAAUGUCGCGAUGAUCCAUCCUGUUUCGCAUAUGAAUGGUCGGAACCGAGUUCGCUAUGCUUUCUGAAGUCACGAUCGCUUAGUGGUGACCUUAUUAGGAAAGCUGAUGCGAUCAUAGGAUUUUGUCUAGAUGACGAAGACGAAGAAAGAGACCGAUUCCAAGAUCAUGCCGCCUUUGGGCCAGAAUUGGUCUCAAUCAAGGAAGUUGAAGGUGAGAAGUGCAAGGACACAUGCAUGGCCGUUCGUGAAGCUGCCGUUUAUAGCUGGACACCGAAUGAUCUGUCACCUGUGAUGUUUGUCUUAUUGUGUAGGCGAUUUAUUCCAGGUACUUGCAAAUGCAUCGAGUCCUUGAUGUCUGUGAAACUCAGUUUCAACUCAUUUUCCGGUUUUCUUGGGCCAAGAAAGUUUCACCUUCAACGAGGAAGACGUCAUAGCUUCAGUGCAAUCCGUUGA